GCAAAGAUUAUAGACUUAAGUUGAUGUGGGUGGUUUGUUGACAGGUGGGGAGACAGAAGAUGUCAAUUGUUUAAGAUGUGAUUAACAGAUGAUGGAUUCAGCGUUGAGUGUUGUGUUUAGUAAUAAUCCAUACCAGGGUUAGAAUGUUAAAGUAAUUCCCAGAACAUGGCAACGAAUAAUUUGCAAUGGCAGCGCUUUUGUAUAUGUAUACAGAAACACGCCCCUCCCGUUCAUUCUGUCACUUUGGAUUUAAAGUGAUUUAAGUAUGGAAGAUAGCCUGAGUGUAAGGUCGUACGAAUCAGGUACUACUAGUGAAGAAUAUGAGAUUUUAGCUGGGAAUACCAUCAAUAGACCCCAGCUCCAUAUUGCAGAUGACGGUAGCAUUGAUGACUUAAGAAAAAAUUUGAGAGAAGUGCUGUCAGAAGACUGUCAGAGUCCGAAAAUGGAAAAUAGUAUAAAUAAUGCAGCUGUUACCCAGUCUUCAGAUGCAGAAGCUAUUAAAAUUGUCGGCAAAAGCAUAUUUUAUAAUGAGGACUCAGACAUUUCAAACUCACCAUCAAAUGAAGUAGAGAAGGAAGACACCAUGAAGAAUGAAGAAUUAACAAAUGUUCCAGAUGUGCAACAGGAGUGUACUAUUUUUAAUGGAGUAACAUAUCUUGGUUCAGCUGCCAUAAAUGCUCCUAAAAGUGAAGCAGAGAUUCAGAGGAAUAUGGCAAUAUUAAAUGAACAGUCUAUAGAAAGUGGAAUUAAAAUUUCUGUGUCCGUUCCAAGCUCUUCAGAUGGAACAGUUGUGUUGUAUGAUGCAGCUACAAAUGCUGUGAUGGCACAGUAUGAAAUCCACCGGAUCUUGUACUACAGCAGAGGAACAGUAGGAACUAAGGAGGCGCCAUGUUUUGCAUUUACAUGGUCUCAUGGAGAAUCCCACGAAUCAGCCAUAUUUCAGUGCCAUGUAUUUAGAUGUGAUAUUCCAGAAGCUGUGGGCCAAGUUUCUGGAUGUUUCUCCAAGGCAUUCCAGCGUGUACCAAAGAGUCUUAUGAAUUCAGUGACAAGUCUUUCCAGUCCAGCACAGUCAGAUGAAGUGUUCAUUUUUCAAGUUACAAUGGCAAUCAAAGAAGAUGAUGGUCAUGGAAAUUUCUCACCUGUUGCAAGAGAUAGAAGUCAUUUCAAACUACGAGUUAAUAUGGAGAAGAAAAUAUGUCUUACUGUACAGCAAGCAUCAGAACAUGGAAAGGAACUGGAAGUAGAACGCUGCUUUGGUGUUCUUAUCAGCCCAGGCCGUUACCGCAAGCACUCUGAUCUGCAACUUCUGGAAAUGGAGGCUCAUCCAUGCUCAGAUUCUGGUGAUAAGCUUGGUUCAUAUCUUAUAUAUGGUCACUGGGAUCCUACAGAACCAGCUUUCGAGUCGCUGAAUAACCCAACACUUCAAGAUUAUUUGACAGUUGCUGUAGAUCUUGUGAUAAAAGGAAUCCAAGAACCAGUGAGAUUUAUAAUUGAGACACAAGUGCGAAUAUUUUCAAAAAAUGAACGUUUUUGGUAUCACAGUAGGAGGCCAUUGACACAACAAUUUAAUCUUCAUUUGAAAGAGAUACCAAGCAAUGAUUUAUCUGAAACACUCUAUGAAGUCAUGAAAAUUGAGAGUAGUGGAAAUUUUGAUGAGACACGAAGGAUUCCAGCUUUAACUCUUGCUUAUCUAACGAGUUCUCCAGCCAUUCCAGACUUAGAUAAUUUGACUCCAAGCAAUGAAGAAUUGUCAGAUGGUGAUGAGCCAUUGCUAAGUGGCACUGGUUCAGUGUCUAAAGACUGUUCAGAGGUUGAACUGGAAUCGUGGGCAGAAGUGCUUCUACGGUGGAGCAGUACAAAUCAGCGUCCACGUCAGUUAGCAGCUUUAGUACGUGCUGGAAUACCAGAAGCUCUUAGGGGAGAGGUGUGGCAACGCUUAGCUUGCUGUGACACUGACACUGCUACAAUGGAUACUUACCGUAUUCUUAUUACAAAGGACAGUCCAUGUGAGACGGUGAUACAGAGAGACAUUAAUCGGACAUUUCCAGCACAUGACUUUUUCAAAGAGGCUGGUGGAUUGGGGCAGGACUCCCUCUAUCGUAUCUCUAAAGCGUAUGCUGUUUAUGAUACGGAAGUUGGAUACUGCCAAGGCUUAAGCUUUUUAGCAGCAACUUUGCUUCUUCAUAUGCCAGAAGAACAAGCCUUCUGUGUCCUUAUUAAACUAAUGUACAAUUAUGGCCUACGAGAUUUGUACAAGGAUGGCUUUGAUGUCCUCUACUUGAGAUUGUAUCAACUGGACAGGUUGAUGGAGGAGCAGUUACCCAAAUUGUGGCAGCAUUUUACUGAGAAAGGUGUAGAGUCACACAUGUUUGCCUCUCAGUGGUUCCUAACUGUUUUUACAGCUAGGUUUCCACUGUAUUUUGUUUUCCAUAUUUUAGAUGUUUUCCUAUUACAAGGAGUAGAAACUCUGUUUCAAGUUGCAUUGGCUCUGCUGAUGGUUUGUAAGAAGGAAUUACUCACGCUUGAUUUUGAGACGACACUUAAGUAUUUCAGAGUUUCCCUCCCAAAGAAAUGUCGUUCUGAAGAAGUUGCCAAAAAUAUAAUGAAACUAGCUACAAGUCUGAAAGUAAAAAAGCUAAAAAAGUAUGAACAGGAAUUCAUAUCUGAAAAAGAAGCCCAAGAAGCUGAAAAGAGUUAUGCAAGUCGACUUGAAUUUCUGCAGGCUUCCCUGCAACGUUCUGAGGAAGAAAAGAGAAGCCUCGAAGAAGAAACAUUGCAGAUUAAAGAAAUGCUGCAACGUGAAGUACAAAGAGCUGAAAAUGAAAGCUGCAGAAAUAAUACAAUCAUUACGGAAUAUAAACAGAUUUGCCAGAGACUGGAUGCGGAAAAGAUUGCAGCUAAAUUGGCACUACAGGAACUAAGGGCACAAGUUAAGUUAUGCAAUCAGUGUCGGAAACUGGUCUGUGGCACUGAGGAAGAAGUGACAGCAAACACAGGAACGCCAGCUGCUACUCUUGAUCCACAACUUCAAAGGGCGCAGGAAAGGAUUAGGGAGCUAGAGCUAGAGCUAGCACAGACCAAACUUGCUCGAGUACAAGCAGAGUGUCUUAAUCAGGACCUUCUACACAAAUUACAUACAGCUAUUACAGAAGCACAAAUGAAUAAAACAACAUGGCCACCAUGGUUCCAAAAGACAUUAAGCUCAAUAAAGGAAGUGGCAAAAAAGGAUCUUAAAGAUGUAAACAUUAAGAUAUAUCCUAAAGAGGGAAACAGUAAAAGUGAAGUAUCAGGAACAAGUCCCAAAAGACGUGAUUCAGCACCUCCAUUCCCAAGAGAUUCUUACAGCCGUGAUAGCCUGUUUGAUGCAAGUUGUUAAAAAGAAACACAUUUGUGAUUAUGAUUUUCACAAUGAGCUUGUGUUUCAUCUGUGUCUGUUGUCCCACAGGUAACAUUUAUGGUCAUUUUUUCAGUUACAUGUGCAUGUAUUUGGUGUUAUGACUGUAGUUUGUGUAGAGAAAUACUCAAAUGCGAAUGAGUUAGAGCAAAUUGAAUGAAUGUUGUAUAUUAUGUCAAAAUGAAUCUCUUCCAGCAGGCCUUUCAUUACUCAGGUGUUUCAGUUUCAUUCCUGUGAAUGUAUUAUUUAGAGUGACUGAGAAAUGCAAACAGCUGAUUAAAUGAAAAGUAGAUAUUAUAUGUUACUGCAUUGCUAUACAGGAAAUGGAUGAGCUAUUGUGGAUUCAUUUGCUAGUCAUUGUCUCUUAUGCCAGUUUGAAGAGACCACACUUAAUGUAGAGUGCUAGGUAUGAUGCUAUGAAUGUAUAUUUUUGUAACAUAGUGAAUGAGUAUUCUAACAUAGAAAGAUUUAUUCCUUUUUUCUUGUUCCCUGUCCCGGAGAAGCCAUUCUAAAUUACUGUGAUCUGAAAAUACUUGUAAAGUACAGUUUUCUAUUUUUUCUAUAUACCAAUUAAAUGAUUUUCUUUUAAAAAUGGGAUUAUGUUAUCUGUUAAGUCAUUCUGUUUCUAUAGUACAAAGAUAUAAUAUUUUCCAUGCUAAGUUGCAAUUUGUGAACCACAAAUUCAUUAGUAAGAAAUUUAUUGUAUUUUCUUUUGCACAGUUUGUUGACUAUUCCUCACUUGUUAACAUCUACCAAUUAGUAUUACAUUCCAUGACCUUGUCAUUACAGUAAUUUAAUGGUACUGCAGUAUGAAACACCUGACAAAAAUGAAUAAAUGUGGUUAUGUACUGUACUACAAUCAGAAGCAACCAUUUUUCAGCAUUGUGAUGACAUUUGUGUAACACGGUAGUUUUGUUGUAGAGUGGAUGGCAGUAUACUGGUUGGAUGUAUACUUUUAUUGUCAGCAAUGGGCUUACUUCCAGACCCAAUGCCAUUAAACAUUCCAGUGCAGUUGCAAUUUUCUAAUAUAAAAUAUUCCAAUUAUGUUACCUGCAAAAUUCCCACCAAAGUGAUGUUAGAGCAGCAGUAAUGGUUGUGUACAGAUCUUUUACUGUGCUUUCAUCAUUGUCAUAAUGUUUGUGCUAAUGGUAUUCUAAAAUCAAUAUGCUGCUCUACACAGCAGGAGAGGUGGAGUGAAGAAAAUCAAGUGGAAAAGUUACAAUUACGAUUGGUGGAGAGGAGAGAAGAGAAGAGAAGAGAAGAAGGCGGCACCCAAAAACUAAAUUUGAUGGAGUCUCCCAAUAUGCAAGAGAGCAAAUGAAAGCAAGAUCAGGAAACUGUGAUGUUAAAGAUUCUUUGAUUGAAACAAAAGAUCCCAGGGGUUCUGUCUGACUGCAAAAUAGUGGAAAUGUGUAAGGUCUUGUAAGAGCUCUCAGGGAAUAAGAAAUAAACAUGAAGAAAACAUAAAAUAAAUGUAGACAAUUUUAAUAGCAAAGCAAAGUAAUAGUUAUAAUGAUUACACGAUGUUGGAUCACUGAAAGUAACAAUAAUGAAAUGACUUCACCUAAACCCAAAUGAAGGCAUACAAGAAGUUUAGCAGAAAAGAAGAGCUGCCAACAUUGAUAAAGAAAAAUAUUGACAAAAAAUGUUUUACCUGCCAUUAUUCACAUUAGAUACUUAAGUAGGCACAUGUGUAUUCAAUCUGUGUUAUUUCCAUACAGUCACUUUCAAUUUAGAUUUAUAAAUUUUCUUACUGCCAUCAUUUUCGUCUGUUAACUAAAUUUUAAUGAUUUUAUUCACACCAUAGUCUCUGACUUCUUUAUCAUAUGAUGCUGAUUUUUAAACCAAUUAGAAGAGAUGUAAUACCAAUAAUGCAUUCACAUGAAAUUGAGCUUCAGUGUUUCAUUUUGAAUGGCACUCCUCAUUGAAAUUUGGUUAAGUGUUUCGUGUAACCACUGAAUAAAACAUGACAGUUACUCAUCGGUUAAUGAUGCAGGUGUGCUAGAACAUUGACUUGUUAUGCUGUAGACUGUCAAAAUUUUAUUUGCAUUUGUUUUCCACUCAUACAAAUGCCUUUUUAUUUUCAAACUGAUGAUUGGAACAUGGCUAUAAUUUCUCAUCUAAGCUUUUUCAUUUUCUUUAUCGAAGGUCAGGUGUAUUGUCCCACCAUUGAUCAUUUCAAACAACAAAUAAAAACACCUGUUAAAACAUUUACUGUGGUAUUUCUGCAUUCAAAAAGAAAAUUAAUGAGCAUGUAACUAUUAUUUAUUUAGUAUUUAAUUUGAAUAAUGGAUAGCCAAUGUUUGAUUUUGAGAGAGGACAAUAAAAUUCAGCUCUAUUUGUACUUGCAGUUUACUUAAAAUAAUAGAAAUAGUAAUAAUAAAAAUAAUGAAAUAAUAAACAGAACGAAGUUGUUGCAGAUCUAUUGCUUGUUAAGUUUAAACUGUAUAAACAAUGACAGAAUAUUUAAUGAUCUUAUACAUAGUUUCUUUUUGGGUAAUGAUUUACCAUAUUAACAAGAUUGUUGCAAAAAAAUAUCCGUCUUGAUGUGUGUGUUCAGUAUACAUGUAAAUCUUGCCUCUGUUAAUACAGCAGUGGAAUCAGUGAAGAUGACCACUACUGUGGAAGGGUGGAUGGAUAUGUAAACAAGAACAGAAAAAUACUCACUUGUGUAACUGAAUUAUGUUCAUCAGAAGGUGUGUGUGUAUGGAGGAGAAGGGGGAGGGGGGGGGGGGGGGGGAAGCGUGUGUGCAGUCUGUCGUGCAAAGCACAUGCGUUUAGGUGCACAACUUUGCUCUCUGAAGAAUAAUGCCAGUUCAAAAGCUUAGUUGCUGAUCUAGAUAUCUAAGUGCCUUCCCGUUGCUAAUGUCUGCAUUGUAUAGUAUUUAUCAUUUGUUAUUGCAGUGCUUGUUGUCUCUCUUGAUUAAUUUACAAUACAGUAAGGGACAAGAAUACUCCUUAGCCAAGCAGGUAUCAGUGCAGAUGUGUGUUAGUUACCUGUCUAGCAUAGCUUAAUAUUAUAUGCUAACUGCCAUUCAUAAUAAGAUGUAGGCUGUGACAGUGUAAGCUAUUCCAGUGGUUCUGGAUAAUGCUGUUAUUGCUAAGUAAUUGUAGUGUUCUUUAUAUGUACAUGGUGUUAGGUUUACUUUUAUGUAAUACCUACACAGAAUAUGGAUGAAGCAAUAUGCUAAAGAGAAUUCUUCUUUUGUAAACUUUAGAUUAAGUUACAUUUCUAUUAGUAACUUCAGUCGAAACAAUACUAUGAAAUUACAAUUUGGUUUCUAUGAGCAAGAGAAAGAAAAUGGAAAAUUGAAAUGAAUUUUUGGAAGAAGAAACAGAGGUUGGAGGAGGGGAGAGGGGAAAGAGAGAGAGAGAGAGAGAGAGAGAGAGAGAGAGAGAGAGAGGGGGGGGGGGGAGGGGGGAGGGGUAAGACUACGUGUGUUUCAUACUGUAAAGACAUUUGAAACAUUUCACAUUAAAAUCAAAAUUAUUUUGGUCAGAGAGUGAAUUGACUGAUAAUGAGAUUUGCUAUUUGAGUAUUUUAUUUAACAUUGUUUGUUUGUUUGUAAGUCUCUGUAAUACUGCAUUGGUUCAUGUUUCUUAAUAACUGCCAUCUGUGCCUUAGGGCACUCCUAUUUAUACAAAACCUGUUUAGAGUAGAGAAUGAUUAAUUAGAUUUUGUUCUAUCUUGUGCUCUCUAGAUUUUGAAUUAUAUUCGAACAAAGCAUUUUAUUCUUUUGACAAUAGUCAUAUUCACAUAUUGCAUUUAUAAUUACUUGAAAAUUAUCCUGUGCUGGUGCUACUGUUUAUAGUUGCAGCAUGAGCAGUUGCCAUGGGCUGUAUGUGUUUAUCUGCUGAUUUAUUUCUGGGAGUAUUUAUGAGUUAUUGUAUUGUUCCCAAUUAUAUCUUCAUAUGUUCAUUUGUAAUUUUAAUAACUUUGAGCUACGCAAAACAGCUGACUUAAACAAAUAUGAGUCAGUCAUUUGUUUUCGGAUGUAAGUGUAACAACAAAUGGCUGACACUAUAACGUUUUAUUUACACUGUGUUAUUGUGAAAGAAUUGAAGAAGUACUUUAAAGACUUUAGGCAGCUUAUAGUUAUCUUAAUUUCUAGAGUAAGAGUAGUGAGUAUGUUAUUAUUAGUGAAUUACAGUGUUUGGAUUAUCUAAGUAAAAUCUUGAAUCUUCUGCAGAUUAUGUGCAGCUAUGUAGAGAGAUGAAUACUAUGAACAAAAGAGCAGAUUCUGGAUUCUAAAAAUUGAAUGUUAGAAAUGUUGGAGGUUGCAUAUUAGAGGGCCUUAAGAAACAAAGCUAACUAAUGCCUGGAUAUUAAGUGACAUAUGGAUUAUGCACUGGCCUUGUUAGAUGUAGAGUUUUGAAUAUUGGCCAAUAGUCCUUAUCAAACCAAAACAUAACAUGAUAAAUGAUGAGGAAAACAAAGAGUAGUACAACACAAAAGACAUGAAAUUAUACAAAAAGUUACAGGUAUUGGAAAAACUGAAAGGGUACAAGAAAUUUAAUGUCGUAGUUGGAGAAGGAACAGUUUGUUCUUCCAGUGUCAUCCAUUUCACAUUGUCAGUUUUUGUGCAAUUUUAUUGUAAGUUGUACCAACCAUUCCACUAAGUGUCAUGACAUUCCUGUCCAUAAAUGAAAUUCAUUUCUUAUUAGACAUUCAGUUUUGUUUUGUAGAUCCAACUGUUGUCAUUUGCAAUUUAAUUGCAUGUCGGGGCCUAAAUUAUGAACUUCUCAUGUGCAGAUAGUGGUCCAGAAGAAUGUAUCUUUCCCUUGUACUUACUUUUCAGAAUAAAAUUUGUGUUAACUAUAAUUUUAGAUCUGAUUUUUUUUUUUUUUUUUUUUUUUUUUUUUUUUUUUUUUUUUUGCAAAGCUGCAACUGUGAUAAACAAUAUAAAGCUUAUAUGUAAUGGACACAAAUUUGUUUAUUUUUCUCUGAAUGAAAGAUAACUUUUGAUUGGGUGUAGAACACUGUUAAAGAUGCCUUUUUUUAAAUAGGGAUUUAUUUUAUUGCUGUUGCCUUUUGUUUUUCAGGUAAUUUUUUGUGGCUGUAGUAAUAUGUGAUAUUAAAAUUUUUGAGAAUGAAAAAUCUAGUUUAUUUACAUACAAUUUGUAAUACAGCAUACAAGAAGUUUGUAUGUGUUAAUUAUGAAAUGUUAGUAUAAUCUGUUCAUAAUAUCCAGUACUCUGUCUUGAAAUGAGUAUACACCCCUUUGUUAUAGUGAUGUAUGUUAUUUACAUCUGUAAAUUAACAAACAGAGUCGAAGUCUUGGAAGCCUUGAAGUCAACUUGCAUAAAUUGUGUACUUUUCUGGUCAUUCUUUGUUAGAAGCUAGUUUGAAAAUUUCAUUGUAUAUGUUAUGCUGUACCUUCAGUAUAAAGAUUUUUUGUACAUAAUAUCUAUAGUGUUGCUCGUCUUAAUUAAAAGGAGUUUAGACAUUGUCUUUUUUGGUAUACAUGCAAUAAAACAAAAGCUGUCAUUUCCACAAAUAAUGAGAUUUCUAACAGUAUUAUUGCUUUAUCCUCUAUUGGAAACAUUAUCAUUUUGAACAUGACAAUGAGUAAUGUAUUUAUAAAAAUACCAGAUGUACUUAACAUUUAUCAGUGUUUAUAGUUAUGUAAUUCUAACUAAUACAGAGCAAUAUAUUCCUUGUGAACAAAACUAAAAGAAUGGUUAUAGAAUUAAUUUUUUUUACAUUUGCAACUUCUUUUACUACUGAAAAGUGUCACCACUCUGCUGGAAAACAAGUAAUUCAUAUAGCAUAAAAAUAUAGUUUGUGUUUUCUUA